GUAAAGAAGAGCCCAGCAGCUACACGUGCACGACCUGUAAACAACCUUUCAACAGCGCCUGGUUCCUCUUGCAGCACGCACAGAAUACGCACGGCUUACGGAUCUACCUAGAAAGCGAGCAUGGCAGCCCCCUGACACCACGGGUUGGUAUCCCAUCAGGACUAGGUGCAGAGUGCCCUUCCCAGCCACCUCUCCAUGGGAUUCACAUUGCAGACAAUAACCCUUUUAACCUGCUCAGAAUACCUGGCUCUGUCUCGAGAGAGGCGUCAGGGCUGGGAGAAGGGCGAUUCCCACCCACGCCGCCCCUCUUUAGCCCUCCCCCGAGGCACCAUUUGGAUCCGCAUCGCAUAGAGCGCCUGGGUGCCGAAGAAAUGGCUCUGGCCACCCAUCACCCUAGUGCCUUUGACAGGGUGCUGCGACUGAACCCCAUGGCAAUGGAGCCCCCUGCUAUGGAUUUCUCCCGGCGGCUGCGGGAGCUGGCCGGCAACACCUCCAGUCCGCCCCUGUCCCCGAGCCGGCCCAGCCCUAUGCAAAGGCUGCUGCAGCCCUUCCAGCCUGGCAGCAAACCCCCGUUCUUGGCCACACCACCUCUUCCUCCUCUGCAGUCCGCUCCUCCUCCCUCCCAGCCACCAAUGAAGUCCAAGUCCUGCGAGUUCUGUGGGAAGACCUUCAAGUUCCAGAGCAACUUGGUGGUCCACCGCAGAAGCCACACUGGGGAGAAACCCUACAAGUGCAACCUGUGCGACCAUGCCUGCACUCAGGCCAGCAAACUGAAGCGCCACAUGAAGACACACAUGCACAAGUCAUCACCCAUGACAGUGAAGUCUGAUGAUGGGCUCUCCACUGCCAGCUCCCCUGAGCCCGGCACCAGUGACCUGGUUGGCAGUGCCAGCAGUGCCCUCAAGUCAGUGGUGGCCAAGUUCAAGAGUGAGAAUGACCCCAACAUGAUCCCUGAGAAUGGAGAUGAGGAGGAAGAGGAAGAGGAGGAGGAGGAGGAGGAAGAGGAGGAGGAAGAAGAGGAGGACUUGACCGAGAAUGAGAGGCCAGAUUAUGGCUUUGGGAUGAACCUGGAGGCGGCCCACCACCACGAGAACAACUCGCGGGCCGGAGAGGAGAGCCGGUCGAUGCCAGAUGUCAUGCAAGGUAUGGUUCUCAGCUCCAUGCAGCACUUCAGCGAAGCCUUCCACCAGGUGCUGGGGGAGAAGCACAAACGGGGCCACCUCUCCGAGGCCGAGGUACACAGGGACACUUGCGAUGAAGACUCGGUGGCUGGUGAGUCCGACCGCAUUGACGACGGGGCGGUCAACGGCCGGGGCUGCUCCCCUGGGGAGUCUGCCUCAGGCGGCCUGUCCAAAAAGCUGCUGCUAGGUAGUCCCAGCUCCCUGAGCCCCUUCUCCAAACGCAUCAAGCUGGAGAAGGAGUUCGACCUACCCACCGCCGCCAUGCCCAACACCGAAAAUGUGUACUCGCAGUGGCUGGCUGGCUACGCUGCCUCGCGGCAGCUGAAGGACCCCUUCCUCAGCUUCGGUGACUCCCGACAAUCGCCCUUCGCCUCCUCCUCUGAGCACUCAUCAGAGAAUGGCAGCCUGCGCUUCUCCACGCCGCCGGGAGAGCUGGAUGGUGGCAUCUCGGGCCGAAGCGGCACGGGAAGUGGAGGGAGCACCCCGCAUAUUAGUGGCCCGGGCCCUGGCAGGCCCAGCUCAAAAGAGGGCAGACGCAGCGACACUUGUGAGUACUGUGGGAAAGUCUUCAAGAACUGUAGUAAUCUCACUGUCCACAGACGGAGCCACACGGGCGAGCGGCCCUAUAAGUGUGAGCUUUGCAACUACGCCUGCGCCCAGAGUAGCAAGCUCACUCGGCACAUGAAAACACAUGGUCAGGUGCGGUGUACCCCCCCAGCUGGCGUGGUGCCCAGGGAGCCUCGGAUGCCUGGCAGUUUUCGGAUGGAAGUUCAAGAGCACUUAAGUUUUGAGAGGAGAUGAAGCGGGGCCAGCGGCUGGCAGUGCACGUGUCUGGAGGCGUCCCCAUCCUGUGGCUUGCUGUGACCUGCAGCACCUGACAUCCCGCCAACGGCAGCGUCCCCCAGCUCCUCCAGCCUGCAGGACUGUCGUAUUUAUAUUUUGUAAUAGAGUACAACACUACUUUUGUUCA